CGCUCCCCGCACCCCCGGCGCACCUGUCUCCUAUCUUUUAGCCAAAAUCCCGCCCAAAGGCAUGUCUGCCGGGUACUGGUGCAACGCCCCCUACCCGCACCCUCCGGGCUCAGAUUCCCGGGUUCCGGACUCCAGAGACCUGUCCGCCUGGCGUCCCCCGACCGCCGAGUUUCCGCGGGCGCCACCGGGGCCCUCCGGCGGACCCUCAAGGGCCCGCAGGCCGCCCCCGCGCUCAGCUGAGACACGGCAGUGCGCGAAGCCUGGGCACUCACCCAGCGGGAGAGGGCAGGAGGCGGCGCAGCGGGCGGUAGCGGCAGCCUGGCCUCGCACUCUGCGCUCACGGCUGUUUUCCUCGUUCCCACUUUUCCUGGUGUACCACGAUGGGCGCCAAUGCAGGUCCCCCAAGCUCCGCACCUCCCUGGGGGCACCGCGCUGUCCCUGCCAGAAAGAUCCUUGGCGCACACACCACAGAAUGACUCGAGCGGGGGCUCGUGGGUUCCUUGGCGCUGUGCCCUCCUUCCAGGCGACAGCGGUGCUGCUGGACGGGGUUCGAGCCUUGGACUGCCGGUCAGACUUUCAGGUUAAACGGUACUCCUCUCUACCUCUCUACUUAUAAACCAACUGCAGGAAAGUGCGUGUCAGGUUGUCAGCCAUAAGCAGAGGACUCUUUCACUGUUAUUUGGUUAAAACAUCUAUCCUCAGUUACAGAUGCUUCUCCUGCCAGUUCGCUGAUAAAAGUUUUUAGCCAUGCAUUGGAAUCACCUCAGGACUCCACUCCCAAUCAAUUAUACAUCUGGGGGAGGACCAAGGCAUCGGUAUUUUUCAGAAGCUCCAUUGGUGAUUCUGACAACACAGCUAGGAUUAAGAAACUGAUCAAUGGGAACGGCAUGCCUGUUAGCAGAGGAGCUUCCCUGGGAAUUGUCACACACACAAACACCAUCAAUCUUCCUUCCUCACUCCUGAGAGCCCUCAUUCUUUGGCAGCAGGAACAGCUGAAAUUAGUAAACCCUGGUUCCCUGCUCUCUCACAGAUCGCAAGAGUCCAACAUGUGGAUAUAAACUUUCAUUCAUGGGAGGAUCUUCCCCUCAGUGGAAAAGCAACUGGGAAAAGCAGGACACACUGUACAGUGACUGCAGUUUCAUCCAGUGCCACCACCCAUGCAGGCAUAAAUAACGAACAUGGAUGGGGGAGUCUGGAGCGGCUGAAUUGUAAAGACCAUAAAUGUUUAAACUUUUUCCGUUAGUAAUAUUUCUGCUUUUUGUGUAUGUGUGUGUAGAAGUUCUGUCUUUAUAAUUCUCACCACUAUGCAUCAUACUUCCCAGGAGGAAGGAAGAACACAAAAAUUAAAAUUCUCACAAAGGCUACCGUUAAGCUGGAGGAAGACCACAUCACUGUGUGUCCACAAAGAUACACAGCCAAGCCGGGUUCAGCCAUGCUGGUCAUCUGCUCGAUAUAAUAUGAUUAUUUAGAUCUCUAGAUAGUGGAUAAAAAACAACUACAGAAAAAAAAAUGCUAGAAACUAGAAUGUCAUUUUUACACACUCAUUUGUAGAAUUCCUCCCAGUUUUUACUCAAGGGAACUUUAAAAUAUUUUCAUUUGAGGAAAGAACUGUUUUGAGUUUACCCUAUAAAAUGGCCACUAAAACUCACCCACUUUCAUGAUUACCCAGCCAUCCUCAGAUCAUCUUCAUGAUUUUCCUGGAAAUAACGGAAGAGGCCCUGGGGAUGAUUUUAUUGGUAGAGUGGGAAUGUAUUAAAAUUCUCUACUUGUUACAUGGUCUUUCCUCCACCCUACAAGAUGCAUGCUUGUAACUCAAAUUUCCAUUUGAGUAAUUAACAAUUAUUAUUUAAAACUAACCUGAAAAUAAAAAUUGUAUUCAUUCAUAGGGAGCAUCUACCUAUUUAUUAUUACCACAUAGGUGAUGUGACUCUAGAAACAUCUUGGUAUACAAAUAGCCAAUUAAAAUAUAAAAUGUAAUGAUUUUCAAAAGCUACUCUUUUUCCUUCUCUCAUCUCUAUCUACUAAUUGGAAAAUCUAUUUGCCAAACACAACAAAGAUGAUUGACAGAAUUUUGAAAAUACACAAAUUUCCCUAUUAAAGAGGGUGAAUGGAUGUCAGCACUGUAUCAGACACAUAAUAUUAAGGAGAUACCUAUUGUUUAACAUUCUGUGUAGUUAAUGUUACAAACAGACGUCAAAAAGUGAAUAAAAACAUGUCAUGAAAUUACCAAAUAAUGAAUUAACUUCCUGGAUACAAGGAAGGUUCUGUUAGCAAGUUCUUUUUAAUAAAAGCAAAGAAUGGGGAUGUAACAAUUAGAGAAACGUGGAGGAAAACAUAAGGAAGUUGGGAGAGGGAGGUCAAAUCUCACUUUCAGUUAUCAGUAAAGUGCACAUUCUUUUUUGCAUUCUGUGAGGCUGGAGGUGCUGCUGAUAAAAUGUCCUCACAUAUUCUGUCAAUGUCAGGAUGCAAACAUCACUAAAUAAACCCUCGUGUCAAAAUGUCACCUAGUGAUUAUUUAUGCUUCUUGACAACACCAAUAAAUGACAAGGCUGCCUCUAUUUCUGUGAAAGGUUGCAUACCAAUUGUUAUAGGUAAUAUAGAUGAAGUACAAAGUAGUUAUCAGAAUUCAUUUAAACUGUGCUAUUAAAUUAGAUAUGUCUGCAAUAGCCAUCACAGUAAAUACUACUGUGAUUCUCCUGAAGGAAUAUUGCCUAAACAAUUUAAUGCAGGACAUUUCCUAAUUACCAUGCAUUUCUGAAUCUCUGCUACCAUGUAGAUACUCACACUGAAAGAGAAGUGUCAUUUCUUUUUCUUCUUUAAUUUGUCAUUGUUUCCCAGUGUUCUUGCUUCUGGGAUUGAAUUUGGAGUCUACAUUUUUUAAGGGUACUGCAAUUAUUAACGUAGUCUGGGAUGAUAAUGUCUCAGCAAAAUGUACAGAAUGUGAAUAAGAUAGUUAACACCUUAGUUGUUCUAAUUCUAUAUUGCUUCCUGUUCCAAAUCUACUAAUGAGUAAUAAGAGAUGUAGCACUAAUCAAUGGAACAAAAGCAUGCAUUUUGAAAAUACUCUAUCAACUCCAUCAGUAAAAUUUGUAAGGUAAUUAUAAAUUUGUUAUCAGACAUUUUAAAUUGUUAAGGUAUAAUUAAUUAAAAGGUAUUAUUUUAUUUGGGAUAACCUUCCACUCUGUUAAUCAUACUAAAACACUUGAUGCUCAAAACACAAUUCAAAGUCAUCUUAAUCAGUGUGAACUUCAAGAUCUUCUUAAAAAUGACCUCUGAUACUACCCUGAGAUUAUUGGAGUGUAAAUCCUUGCUUUGUACUUUCUGGCUGUGUGUACUUAGGCAAAUGACUAACUUUGCUGUUCUUGUAUUUUCUCACUGUUAAAAUGAAAUAGAAAUAGCACCUGCCUCUGUGAGGUAGUUUGAUAAAAGGAUUAAAUGAGAAAAUCUACAUAAAGCAUAGUGCCUAAGAUCUGUCACACAGUAUUUUCAAGAUACGUGAAAACACAUUCUAAAAUUAUCAUUACUUGAAAAUAAAAUCCACAUGGAGAACUUCUAAUUUGCUAAUAAGCCUACAGAUGAUUUUGUAGCUAUAGAAAUAAAGUGAAAUUAAAGCAAUAACUAAGUUCAAAAGAGUUCUGUGUCCUCCCUUCUUUAUAACAUUCUAGAUUUAUAAACUGCAAACUGUUUUCUCAGCUCAACUCAACAGAAAUAAGAAUGUGCUUGCUUUUUCUCUUCACGUUUUCCUAUUUUCCUGUUACUUUUUAAAUGUUAGCUGUAUCUGAAAUUCCACUACUCUGAUUUACUAUCUCUGGUUUAAUAGAUACAUUAAUUCAUUCUUAUUCAUGAUAUUUUUGCAUAUUAAUGAAAGGGAAAAUCCAUUUAUGACCAUAUUCCACAACUUAGGAAAUCCUUUCCUUUAUAUAAAGAAGUGGCUUAGCAACCCAACAAAACUGUCACCCCCUCCAACUCUCAACAACUACAAAACUACUACAAGAAGCAAAAUAAAACAAAACUUUUCUUAAGUUUUUCCUGUAAUGAAAUGGUGAAAGACUUGUUCACCAGAACACUUAAGAAGUGAGCCUGGC